CAAGGCCUUACAGUAAAAGAGCGAGCGAGAGCGGCCAAAACAACCAAAAUAAAGUUACGUGAAAUUAUAAAUAAAAAAUAAGGAAAUACACGUUCAGCUGCCGACCAGCCAAAUACAACAAAGCAACGCUGUAAAAACUGACAACACAUUUCAGUUUAUUUCGCCUCGUGCCAUGUGAGCAACUUUAAAUUGAUGUCGAAUCGGAAUCAGUGUGCGGGUGGUGCUAAUUAGCGGAAGACGGCAAUUUAUUGAACGCGAAAAAAGCCCCACAAUCCAACUUCCAUUUCGACACGAAACCAACAACCGCCCGCCAAAUCAAAUCGCCGUCGAGUUGUGCAUCAAAUGAAUGUGCGAAAAGUGCAGUAAAUCAAUGUUUUUGUGAGUGUUGGAAGAAGAAGACGGAAGGAGCGCCCACAACAAAAGCAAAGAGAGCAGGGCCUAACGGGACACCCGAAACCAAAAUCUAUCGGCCCUACCAUACUUUCUCAAUAGCUAUAGUUUUAGAUUAUAUGUUCAUAUCUCGAAAGAUGGACGAGGUCUUUAGCCUGCACAUGGAAAAAUUGGACGUUUACGACGUUCUCUUUUUGGCCGGCAUUAUCUCCGUGAUAAUUCUAAUAUUUAUUUAGUUCAAAUUGGAUCGCAAUCGUACUGAAAUGCAGAAGAAAACACAGCGAUGCGUUGUUUUGUUGUGAAAUUACACGAUAAAACAGCUGUUCUAUUGCCAUCCCAGUGUUGCAAAA